AUGGAAUUUUUUCCUCAGGAAGAAAAGAAGUUAGAAGAAUCUUGUUCAACCCUCGUAUUGCCGGCGUUGUCGGUCGGGAACGUCGGGCAGCUGGCGGUGGACCUACUGAUAUCGUCGUUGAGAGCGGAGAGAAUCGGUUAUCUUGACGACCCAAACGUUCUGCCCGGCGUUGGGAAUAACGCUUAUUCCCCUUCUCCUCCAGGCGAUCUCACUCUUCCUCUUGAAGUUUAUUGCUCAAAACCACAUGGACUAGCCCUCAUACAACAGAGGUCUCCAGUUAUAAAGGGCUCAAUGAUUGAUUUUGCCAAGAAUUUGGCAAAGUUUGCUGCUGCAAACCAAAAGAAGCAUGUCAUUAUCCUCUCUAGCCUGGAUUUCAUGCAAUGGAAAAACAUUGAUAUGUCUAGUGGCUUGCAGCAGAUAUAUUACCUUUCUAGUUCCAACAUAGAUGGGACAGAUGAUGACUGUGAAAAACGAGGGAUGAAGAGACUACCAGAAUAUAACCCUAGUAACUGGAGGUGGGAAUAUCUCCAUUCAAUUGGUGAGAAGAAUCCUGCAGAAGAUCAUGAUUUCCCUUUUGAGGAUCUAGGCGAAGAGGAUUACUAUCCAAGUUUGCCUUUUGCUGCUCUAUUUUCUUGUUUUAAGGCCCAAGGUAUAAAGGCAACUUGCAUAUUUUGCUAUUGCUCAGAGGGGGACAAUACGCCUCAUGCAUUUAGUGUAGCUGGUGCAGCAAGCAGAAUCUUGAAUCUAGGACUUGAAGAUGUUCAAGGCGAGACAAAUAGUAGAUGGAUUGUUCCCUUCUCAUGGAAGAGUGUAUAUGGACCACCUGCUGAUGCAGCUCUUUUUUAG